ACGCAGCGGGAGAAGGGAGAGGGGCUGGUGGAGGAGCGCAGAGGCCGCCUCGCAGGGCGCCAGGCGGGCGCACCGGGUCCUGCGUGGCCGAGCGUCCCCGCGCCCGAGGCGGCGGCCAGGCUUCCCCGCGCUAUGAGGACACAUCUGAGAUGAGCAGCCCAAGCGGAGCAGUCCACGCUCCGCUCCGGAGGUCGCUGAGCGAGCAGCUGCGGGACUCCACCGCCAGAGCCUGGGAUCUGCUUUGGAGGAACGUUCGCGAGAGGCGGCUGGCAGAAAUCGAAGCGAAGGAAGCAUGUGACUGGCUGAGAGCUGCUGGGUUCCCGCAGUACGCUCAGCUGUAUGAAGAUUCCCAGUUCCCCAUCAACAUUGUGGCUGUCCAAAAAGACCAUGAUUUUCUUGAAAGGGACCUUGUAGAGCCUCUUUGCAGACGACUUAAUACGUUGAACAAGUGCGCCUCAAUGAGACUUGAUGUGAACUUCCAAAGGAAAAAGGGUGACGACUCGGAUGAGGAAGAUCUCUGCAUCAGCAACAAAUGGACUUUCCAGAGAACCAGCCGCAGGUGGUCCCGUGUGGAUGACCUGCACACGCUCUUCCCAGGGGCAGACAGAAACGGGUCCCCAGGAGGCCCUAGGAUGAGAAACACGACCAGCAGCGAGAGUGUGCUCACGGAUCUGAGUGAACCCGAGGUCUGCUCCAUUCACAGCGAAAGCAGCGGGGGCAGCGACAGCCGCAGCCACUCAGGGCAACACUGUGUCGACGGCCCGCUAGUUCUAGAGGGCACCCUGGUCAGCAGCGGCCUCCCACAGUCUCCCCGAGACAGUCUCGGCUACCCUUCCCACCCCAAGAAUGAGAAACCCGCCAGGGCCAGAGCCAAGUCGUUUUUGAAACGCAUGGAUACCCUUCGAGCUAAGGGAGCACACGGGAGGCAUAAGGGGUCAGGGCGGACAGGUGGCCUGGUCAUCAGUGGACCUGUGCUGCAGCAGGAGCCAGAGUCCUUUAAGGCCAUGCAGUACGUCCCGAUACCCAAUGGCGAUGUGCAGACCUCGCCUCCAGCUGCCUGCAGGAAAGCACUUCCCUGCUCCAGUAAGUCAAGUGGUGAGAGCAGCCCCUUGGAGAAUAGCAGCCGAGUGAGCACUCCAUGUACGAAGGAGCGCAAGUGCCACCAUGAGGCCAACAAGCGUGGGGGGAUGUACCUGGAGGACCUGGAUGUGCUGGCAGGGACAGCGCCACCAGAUACAGGGGACCAAAACCACACGCAUGGGUUUCAUUCCCAAGAAAACUUGGUGGUCCAUAUUCCCAAGGAUCACAAACCAGGAACGUUCCCCAAGGCACUUUCUAUAGAAAGCCUGUCACCCUCAGACAACAGCAAUGGGAUUAACUGGAGGACCGGAGGCAUCUCCCUGGGCAGACAACAGGGCCCAGGCAUAAGGGAACCCAGACUCAUGGCGUCCUGCCACAGAGCCAGUCGGGUCAGUAUCUAUGACAAUGUCCCUGGCUCACAUCUGUACGCCAGCACAGGAGAUCUCUUGGACCUGGAAAAAGAUGGCCUCCUCCCACAGCUGGAUGACAUCUUGCAGCAUGUCAACGGCAUCCAAGAAGUGGUGGAUGACUGGUCAAAAGAUAUCUUACCCGAACUGCAAAGUCACGAUGUGCUCGCGGGGGAGCCUGCCUUAUCCCCGUUUCCAUCUCCUAACCAGAUCACUUUAGAUUUUGAAGGCAACUCAGUCUCAGAAGGUCAGACGACACCCAGUGACGUGGAAAGGGAUGGAACUUCUCUGAAUGAAUUGGAAGCUGCCGGGGUCAAAGAAAGAAGGGACUCUGGUGUGGGGGCCUCUCUGACCAGGCCAAACAGGCGACUACGAUGGAGCAGCUUCCACCUCUCACACCAACCGCAGGCAUCUCCAGCCACCCCGCACAUCAGCAGCCAGACGGCGGCCCAGCUGAACCUGCUCCAGCGCUUCUCGCUGCUUCGUCUCACAGCCAUCAUGGAGAAGUACUCCAUGUCUAACAAGCACGGCUGGACCUGGUCCGUUCCAAAGUUCAUGAAGAGGAUGAAGGUUCCCGACUACAGAGACAAGGCUGUCUUCGGUGUUCCUCUCAUAGUCCAUGUCCAGAGAACCGGACAGCCCCUGCCUCAGAGCAUUCAACAAGCACUGAGGUAUCUACGUAGCAACUGUCUGGAUCAGGUGGGACUUUUCCGCAAGUCGGGAGUGAAGUCUCGAAUCCAUGCUCUGCGUCAAAUGAAUGAGAGCUUCCCUGAGAACGUGAGCUACGAAGACCAGUCUGCAUAUGACGUGGCAGACAUGGUGAAGCAGUUCUUCCGGGACCUCCCUGAGCCCCUGUUCACCAACAAGCUCAGUGAGACCUUCCUCCACAUCUAUCAGUAUGUCCCCAAAGAACAGCAGCUGCAGGCUGUGCAGGCAGCCAUCCUGCUGCUGGCGGAUGAAAACCGGGAGGCCCUGCAGACGCUCCUGUGCUUCCUCCAUGACGUCGUGAACUUAGUGGAAGAGAAUCAGAUGACGCCCAUGAACCUGGCCGUGUGCCUGGCCCCCUCCCUCUUUCACCUUAACUUACUGAAGAAAGACAGCUCGCCAAGGGUCAUCCAAAAGAAAUACGCCACCGGGAAGCCAGAUCAGAAGGACCUCAAUGAAAAUCUAGCCGCAGCCCAGGGGCUCGCCCACAUGAUCACAGAGUGCAACCGACUCUUUGAGGUCCCACAUGAGAUGGUGGUCCAGUCUCGGAGCUCCUACUUGGAGGCUGAGAUCCAUGCACCCAGCCUGGAAGACUUGGGAACGCAGGUGGCAGAGAGCGGGGCAACUUUCCACACGUACCUGGAGCAUCUAGUCCAAGGCCUCCAGAAAGAAGCUAAGGAGAAAUUCAAAGGGUGGGUCGCAUGCUCCAGCCCCGACAACACAGACCUGGCUUUCAAAAAGGUGGGGGACGGGAACCCGCUGAAGCUGUGGAAGGCGUCUGUGGAGGUGGAGGCACCACCGUCUGUGGUGUUGAAUCGUGUGCUGAGGGAACGCCACCUGUGGGAUGAGGACUUCGUGCAGUGGAAAGUUGUGGAAACUUUGGACAGACAAACCGAAAUCUACCAGUACGUGCUGAACAGCAUGGCCCCGCAUCCCUCCAGAGACUUCGUGGUUCUCAGGACCUGGAAGACUGACUUGCCCAAAGGAAUGUGCACCCUGGUAUCCCUGUCUGUGGAGCAUGAAGAAGCCCAGCUGAUGGGCGGCGUGCGGGCGGUGGUGAUGGACUCUCAGUACCUGAUAGAACCAUGUGGUUCUGGCAAGUCCAGGCUGACCCACAUCUGCAGGAUAGACCUGAAGGGUCACUCCCCAGAAUGGUACAGCAAAGGCUUCGGACACCUCUGCGCUGCUGAAGUCGCCAGAAUUAGAAACUCCUUCCAGCCCCUCAUUGCUGAGGGUCCAGAGACAAAAAUCUGAGCUCUCCCCAGCGUGGUGUCAAACUCAGGGAACACGAAGAGGAAUGAACGAACGCUCACCGUGUGUGGAGUGCACUGUCCCAUGGGAACUGGUGGCCACGGACCAUAUUCCUAACCUGCCUGGAGAUGGCUAAUCCUUACUAAUAUAAUGUCUUGGACAUUUAUCUGUUGCUUAAAAUUAAAUGGGGUUAUUCCUUACAUAUUGCCUAAUUUGCUAUUUAAAGGCUUCUAAGAAGCGUUGUUUUAGCUGUAAAUAAAUGUACUGUAGCAUUUGUAUAUGUGUGUGUAUAUCUCCCUUUGCUGUAUAUAUGUAAAAUACUGGUUUUAUAUGUAGUUAAGUGUCUGACUCUGUGAGUCUCCUCACAUGGCACUUCCCAGGUUGCUGGAGACCCUGUGUCCCUACUGUCCUGCCAGCUGAGCAGAACCUGCUGCCAAUAACCAAAGCGUGAAAUGUGUCCUCUGUCGGUCUGCCCAUGCUUACCCAAAGAUUAGCUAGCCAAAGAAUAAUAGCAUUAUAAGCUUCUUCCACGCGCUGGCCUCUUAUUUCUGAUGUUUAAAAACUGGAGGGGGUGUUGAGAUAAAUUGAACGAAAUAAUAUUUGCUUCUCUUUAACACAAAGCAGCAGGUAAGAGUUUGUCGCUAAAUCCAAAGCUAGAUUUUUUCAUUGCCCUCUGGGCCCACUCUAUGAAGUUUGAGUGGGAUGUCAGGUGACCGUUAAGAGUUGGCACCAGGGACUGAAACAGAACUGGUACCACCACCCCCUCCAUAGGGGCGAACAGCAGAGCCUGUCCACAAAGCCAAAGGGAGCCCCAUGUCCUCUGGAGACUCAGAUAAUUCUCAUAAUGCUGUUUAGUGACCUAUUUGACCAGUGGCCUACAUGGCCACAGUUAUUCAACAUGUUCUUGCACUGACCUUGACUCUGGACACCAGACAAAGAGAGACGAUGCUCCAAGUGUCCAGGGUCAACACAGCUUCAGGGAAUUCAUAGUGUCCUAUAUAUGAUGCUCUUAAAAAAAUCUAAUCUAUUAAAAAUCUUGCAAUCUAAAAGACAGGGUUUUAAACUAACAGAAGACCAAAACUGUGUCGUUCGUCAUUUGUACAAAUUACAAGCAGAUGUAUCAAGCCCAUGUUUUUCCAUUAUCCCGCACCGGCGCCUGUGCGUUUUACCCCAACCUUAUUUAUUAUUGUACAGACUGAGCAAAUCGGUGUUCCUGAACCAUGUGAGAAUGGCUUUGCUAUUUUUAUUGUAAUGCAGCAUCUAUAGAGAGAUAACUUAUUAUGUCUGCCGUCCAGGAGAAAUUUUCUUAAGCUGUCUGGGCAGAGAUUGAUAUCCUAAUUCAGCAGCUGGUGUUGGAAGAAAAGCAAAAACAAAUCUGUGCUUUCUGGGUUGUUGUAUGACAUACAGUGAUGCGGUGUUUUCUGUUAUCAGUGGUGUGCAAUUGUUUGACUGGGAGGAAUAAAGAUGUUUUCUGUAUGUGGUGUGGCACAAGGAAAAGCAGGGCAGGGAUUUUGCAUUCUCAUGUCUACCUGGAAAAGGGUCGGCCAGACCAAGGGUCACCCACUGUCUGGGCAAUGUUCUGUGGAUUGGACAAAUUCACUUCUGCCAUUACAUCAUGCAUGCCAUGCUGGAUGGCUUUUUAUGUAUUGGCAAGAUUGUCAGUGGGACUUACUCCAGCUCAACACUGUUUCUGCUCCAGCGAUGGGUACUAUGCAUUUGAAAGCAGAAUGGGCACCCCGGGAUGAAUGGCAUUGUUUCCCAGGGAACAUCCUUACUUAGCAAGCACUGGGAACUACCCAAGACCUUGUUAAAAUGCUGGGAUCCAGGCAGUCUGGGUGGGCCUGACAUUCUGUAUUCCUAAUGAGCCCGUGGGAUGCAGGCUGCUGUCUCAACGACACACUUUGAGAAACAAGGACCCAGGGAAUGCUUAAAACUGAAUAAAAUGAUAUGAUUGUAUUUCUCACCCCCUCUCUCUUCCAGCUAACCUGACUUUUGAAUUUUAUGCACAUGCUAAUCACAUCACCUCUGCUAACCACAAAGCGCCUCUUUAAAAUAAAGGAAAAGGGAGGGGAGAAAAAUGAUGCAUCGAGCUUGUUUGUCAAGUACCACAGUAUUUUAUUCACUGUUAUCUUGCCGAUGGAAAUAAAAUAUUUGCAUUUAAAUAGUAUAUUUAUACCUCAUGUAUAUUUUUACCUCAAUUGUUGGUAUCAAUCAUCAGUUGUAAAUAAUUGCCAAGGCAGAUAAAUUUAUAUACAUUAAAUAUUUCCUAUUUUCUAUAAAUUA